AGGUGAAGCGCCGCGAAGGGGAGGUGCUCGCCGGCACUUCCGGACUCGUGAGACCGCCUCGUACGCAGAGCACUCUGGGACUUUUAGUUUUCGAAAUGGAGCGAGCCGUGCCGCAAGCGAUGCCUCUGGGUCAGAUGGAAGUAUUUCAGGCCCUGCAGCGGCUGCACAUGACCGUUUUCUCUCAGAGUGUCUCACCUUGUGGGAAGUUCCUGGCGGCUGGCAACAAUUACGGGCAGAUAGCCAUCUUUAGCUUGUCUGCUGCUUUGAGCUCCGAAGCCAAAGAGGAAAGUAAGAAGCCCAUGGUGACCUUCCAAGCCCACGAUGGUCCUGUCUACAGCAUGGUCUCCACUGAUCGACAUCUGCUCAGUGCUGGGGAUGGGGAGGUGAAGGCCUGGCUUUGGGCAGAGAUCCUUAAGAAGGGCUGUAAGGAGCUGUGGCGUCGUCAGCCCCCAUACAGAACCAGCCUGGAAGUACCUGAGAUCAAUGCUUUGCUUCUCGUCCCCAAGGAGAAUUCCCUCAUCCUGGCGGGGGGAGACUGUCAGCUACAUACGAUGGACCUUGAGACGGGGGCCUUCAUGCGGGCCUUCCGGGGCCACACAGACUACAUCCACUGCCUGGCACUGCGGGAGCGGAGCCCUGAGGUGCUGUCGGGUGGCGAGGAUGGGGCCGUGCGGCUUUGGGACCUCCGCACGGCCAAGGAGGUCCAGACGAUCGAGGUCUACAAACACGAGGAGUGCUCAAGGCCCCACAAUGGGCGCUGGAUUGGAUGUUUGGCAACUGACUCAGACUGGAUGGUCUGUGGAGGUGGCCCAGCACUCACCCUCUGGCAUCUCCGAUCCUCCACACCCACCACCGUCUUCCCCAUGCGGGCACCACAGAAGCACGUCACCUUCUACCAGGACCUGAUUCUAUCAGCUGGACAGGGUCGCUGUGUCAACCAGUGGCAGCUGAGUGGGGAGCUCAAGGCCCAGGUGCCUGGCUCCUCCCCAGGGCUGCUGAGCCUCAGCCUCAACCAGCAACCAGCAGCCCCUGAGUGCAAGGUCCUGACAGCCGCAGGCAACAGCUGCAGGGUGGAUGUCUUCACCAAUCUGGGCUACCGAGCUUUCUCCCUGUCCUUCUGACCUCCAGCAACACCCCCACCUCCAUCUCAGGGGUUUGGAGUGUUUUUUCUUCUUUUUUUUAAUACAAAUAAAUUUUGGGGCUUUUUUCUCAUG